AUGAGCACGACGAGUAGUGAUUUCCGAAAGAGCAAGGCACAAUGGGUUCAACAAAUGACGGCCAAGCAUGAUUUACUAGGAGAAGGUGAAAAGGCCCGAGAAGCCAUGAACUCAUCUGGAAUCACAGAGAUAUCUGAUGCGGAAGUACAAGCUAUUCCACAGAGUGCCAAGGUUCCGAAAGAAUUACCAAACCAUAGGAAUCACUUUAUAGCCAAGACCAGUAUGCAGGAACAAUUGCUGAACAAUGGUCUCGAUCCCAAUUUGGCUCGGAAUCCGAUGUACUUGUCACAAUGUCCCUAUUGCUUUCAUCGAGACUCUACGACACGGAUUGAAACCUUUCCGACUUGGCAAACCUGGACUUUAUUUGCUGUCUUGCUGAUACUCUUUUGGCCACUUUGUUGGAUUCCACUGGUGCUCAACAACAGCAAGCAAACGGAUCAUUUUUGUCGAAAGUGUGGGAAUCAGCUCGGCACUAUACCCGCCUUUCAUGAUUGCUGUGUUACCACUAGAGGAUAA